GACAGUCUCGUUGACAAAACUAGGAUUUCCAGGCAAUGUUAUGUACUUCGUACUAAAUUGGAUAGCUGUGGCCGUCAAUGCCAUGUUAGGUGCGAUCAUGAUUACUCGUUUGUAUGCUAUGCACCAGCGAUCCAGAAACGUCCUUGUCCUUCUUAUUGUAAUCUUCACGACUGUCACAAUUGCAUGCGGCGUAAUGACUGCAAUUAUAAACAGGCAUACUAAAGCGAAGGAACUCAUUCUCUCCGGCACCUAUCAGUGCACUAAAUAUGACAAUGAGGCAGACGCCCUGAUUCUGCUUUCCAUGACAUGGAUACUCUCCACUAUAUGGGAGGUCCUCGCACUGUGUCUUGCAACCUGGAUUGCUGUAAAACACUUCCGCGAACUGCAACGACCAUCGAGGGGAUGGACAAUUGGGGACUGUUUUACAGCGUUAAUACACACUCAUAUCGUCUACUUCGCAAGCUUUGCUGCUGUUUCUUGUUUCAAUCUCGGUUUUUUGUCUCCACAGCUCCUGGCGAACUCACUUGCUGUGGGAGCUCAGAUCUAUGAUGGUGUUCGUCAAAUUCUCUCGGUCAUACAGAUGUUUGUGCUGGGACCACGCCUCAUUCUUAGUGUUCGACAAUAUCAUGCAAAACUCAUGGACAACUUUGAUGCGGAGGCAGAUAUGAUUUCAAUAGCUUUCCAGGAGCGCACAGUUGUGUCAACUGAACUUUAAUACAGUCACUCCUCCAUGCUUUCUUUCUGUUAUCUGUCUCGAUGACAUUCUUUGAUUCCCCUUCCCUCGUGGCCGACUUUCCUUAUUCCUGAAGACUGAUAGUGAACACUCUUAUACUUGC